CAAUGUGAGAUUCUCCACACUGUCUGGCAGUUUCCCUCUUCUCACCUCUCCUCCUCCUUCCACUCUCCACCCAACGGCACCACAGAGGCAAGCUCUGGAUCAGCUCACACAACUAAUAUAAAUACUGUGGAAGCCAGAGCCUACGGCUCUGACUUCAGGUCAGCUUUACACCUCUUUACCUGAAUAAAGUUUAGUCCAGUGAAGUUUUUUGGUUUGAAAGUGACCAUGGUUGACAGCAUGGACUUUGAGAAGCAACAGAAGAGCUACUGCAUCCAUGGUAAGCAUGUGGUCAUCAUAUGUGUGACGGUGAUAGUCUGCUCUCUGGCUGUGGGCCUUGGUGUGGGCCUCUCGAGACCAGAUGCGACCCCUAUCCCCAUCACUACCCCCUCCAUACCAGGAACCACAGCAGAGCCUAUCCUGCCUCCCUUGCCUGGGAGAGGGCCUUGCCAACCUUCCACUGACUCCAGUGGGGACUGGAGGGAUUUCCGCCUUCCCAGCUACGUGAACCCGGUCCACUAUAACCUGAUACUGGACCCGGACAUGGACAAGGACACUUACAAGGGCACUGUGGACAUCCAUGUAGAAGUCAGCAAGCCCACCCGCCAUUUGUGGCUCCACAUCAGAGAGACAUUCGUCAGUGCCAUGCCUAGGCUGAAAAUGAUGAACAGCCAAUUGGGCCAGAGGGAGCUGCCAGUGAAAAGUUGUUUUGAAUACAAACCACAGCAGUAUGUGGUGGUUGAGGCCGCAGAGGAGCUGCCCGUCACUACCGCAGGAGAGUGGUACGUGCUAAGCCUGGACUUCCAGGGCUGGCUUAACGGCUCUGUGGUGGGAUUCUACAGGGUCAUCUACACGGAGGAGGGGCUCACCAAAAAGAUUGCUGCAACUGAUCAUGAGCCAACAGAUGCCCGCAAGUCAUUUCCCUGCUUUGAUGAACCCAACAAGAAGGCCACAUAUAACAUCUCUAUUAUUCACGAUGCUGACUAUGAAGCACUGUCCAACAUGCCCCUGCAGGGCGCCCCUCAACAACUGCCUGGCAAUAAACUGAAGACUUCCUUCCAGGAGUCUGUCUCAAUGAGUACCUACUUGGUAUGUUUCGCGGUGCACCAGUUUAGCCACGUGGAGAGAACUUCUGCUAAAGGAAUUCCUCUGAGAAUCUACGCCCAGGAGUCACAGUUGAAAACUGCAGAAUAUGCAGCUAACACGACCAAGGUCAUCUUUGAUUACUUUGAGGAUUAUUUCAACAUGUCAUACUCCAUCCCCAAACUAGAUAAGAUAGCUAUCCCUGACUUUGGAACUGGUGCAAUGGAGAACUGGGGCCUCAUCACCUACAGGGAGACCAACCUGCUGUAUGAUGAGAGUCAGUCUUCCUCCUACAACAAGCAGCGAGUGGCCAGUGUAAUCGCCCAUGAGCUAGUUCACCAGUGGUUUGGUAACAUUGUGACCAUGGACUGGUGGGACGACCUCUGGCUUAACGAGGGCUUUGCCAGUUUCUUUGAAUACAUCGGAGUUGAGAAAGCUGAACCUAGCUGGGGCAUGAGAGACAUCAUGAUCAUCAGCGAUGUGCUUCCUGUAAUGGUGGAUGACGCCCUCCUAUCCUCUCAUCCAAUCAUUGUGAACGUGUCAACCCCAGCAGAGAUCACCUCUGUAUUUGAUGCCAUCUCAUAUAGCAAGGGAGCCUCCAUUCUCAGGAUGCUGGAGGACUGGAUGGGUAAAGACAUGUUCAGAGAGGGCUGUCGCAAAUAUUUGAAAGACUACCGCUUCAAGAACGCCAAGACAGCCAACUUCUGGGCAUCUCUCUCCAAUGUGAGUGGCCUGCCAGUGGCAGAGGUCAUGGACACAUGGACCAAUCAGAUGGGUUAUCCUGUGCUGGAUCUGUCUGUCACUGAGACAAAUGCCAAACUGAGGCAAAAGCGUUUUCUCCUGGAUCCUCAAGCUAAUCCCAGCGAGCCCCCUUCACCUCUGGGGUACAAGUGGACAAUCCCAGUGAAAUGGCACUCUGUGAAAAGUGACAAGAAUGGGUCAGCUUUAUUUGAAAAGAGCAGCAAUGAGCUCGUCAUCAGUAACUACUCCAUCUCAGCGGAUGGUCUGCUUAAGGUGAACAAUGAUCACAUUGGAUUCUACAGAGUCAACCACAACGUCCACAUGUGGAACAUCAUCAGUGAACAACUUCAAAACAACCACAUGGAGUUUGAUGCGGCUGAUCGUACCAGCUACAUUGAUGAUGUCUUUGCGCUCGCAAGGGCAGACAUUAUAGAUUAUGGCAAUGCCUUAAAUCUUACCAUGUACCUGACAAAUGAGACUGAUUACAUAGUGUGGGACCGUGUGGCGUCCUCUAUCUCCUAUGUUCGGGACAUGCUGUUAGCUGAUGCUACUGUCUAUCAAAAGUUUCAGAAACUCUUUCAAAAUCAUGUCAAAGCGAUCUCAACACAACUUGGAUGGGAUGAUGAAGGGACACAGACACAGAGGUUAUUGAGGGAGACAGUGCUCAGUAUCGCUUGUCAAAUGGGAGAUGAGGAGGCUCUAAAUGAAGCCUCUCGUAUUUUCGACCGGUGGAUUGAUGGAAGUCUCAGCAGUGUCGCAGUGAACCUGAGGCUGCUGGUUUAUCGAUAUGGCAUGAAGAACUCAGGCACUGAAGCCAAGUGGAACACAAUGUUCCAGAGGUACAAAGUUUCGUCUUUGGCUCAAGAGAAGGACAAGCUACUGUAUGGACUGGCUUCUGUGGUGAACGUGAAACUUCUGUACAAGCUCCUGGAGGCCGCUAAGAAUGAGGAUGUAUUUAGGAGUCAGGAUCUGUUCACUGUGGUGCGAUACGUGUCCCUCAACCCACUGGGAGAGAGCAUGGCCUGGGACUGGACCACGCUUAACUGGGACUAUCUGGUCAACAGGUACACCAUAAACGACAGGAACCUUGGUCGUCUACUCAAUCGCAUUACCACAAACUACAACACAGAGCUGCAGCUGUGGAAGAUGGAGCAUUUCUUCAGUCUUACGCAGAAUGCUGGUGCUGGGGAAAUGCCCAGGCAGCAGGCACUGGAGAGGGUGAGGAACAACAUUGAAUGGAUCAGGAGGAACAGGAACGAGAUCAGAGGAUGGCUGGAGAACAACGUGGGCUAAAACAACAAAAUUGCAAAUCACUGCAGGGAUCAAGGCACAACCUUACUGUCAGAAAUCAAUUCAUCUUGAAUGGCAAUCGCAGCUGAUCUGAAUCAAUGGUGUAAAACAGACAACAAUUAAAACAAAUGACUACAUUUCCACUCACAAGCAACUUCAUAGUAUCAUAAUUUAUGCUUAAUCUGAUCUUGUGAAAUUCCAAUUUUGCAGCUACUGUCAUCCAUUUCCAGCCCAUUAAGCAGAAUGUGUAGAAAACAGUAAUGUACAAAUGUAUUACUGCUGUCACCAAUACUAAUGCACAUAAUAAGGAAUAGCUUACAAACAAGUACAGCUCCUGACUAUUAUUUAAUGUAAAUUAACUGUGAUGGUUAUUGAUACUCAUACAAACUGUUUCCUUGAAGUUGACUCUCGCCAAUCUUUUCCAAUCCCGUUAGCUAGGAAGCUUAUCAGCACCCAGUUUUUAUUUAUCAUUGAAUCCUUUUCCUCACUAGUUUUCCUCAUCAUUUCAGCUCUUGUGUUCACCACCAGAGGGAUAUUUAUACUGUUCAAUUUAACUUAUGAAGAAAAUCUGAAUUGUUUUGUUUUCAACAUGUCACAAAUGUUUGUAUGAUACAUUUUUGUGAUAAAUACUUUGUGUCUUACCACUUAUAUACAGUUCUGAGGAAACUGAAGAUUUCAGAGGGGCUUAGGUUUUUAAAAUGCAAAACAUUUGAUUAGUUUUUAAAAUAGGAUUUCUAUUGACUAUUACAAUACCGCAAAUUAGAUUAAAUUGUAAAAAAUAGCACUACUCAAUAUGGGUUCUGCCAUAUUUGUAGCCAGACUCUGCAUUAGCAUUGUGAUGUGAAGCUGCAAUAUUGAGGUACCACUGGUAAAAACAUUCGACCAAUCAUGAGUUAGCUCCUGCAUAUGUGAGAAAAACUGAUUUUGUUCAUGAAUAGUUGUAUAAAAGUUUCUGAAUAAAACUUGAUUGGCUUAUUUAGUGCAAAAAAUGCACUGUCACUGUCAGGGAUGAGAGAAUUCACAGUCCCAUGUUCCUUCUGAAUUGCAAAAGCAGAUGAUCAAAUCAACGUUGUUAUUGACAAAAAUACAGAUGAAUCGUGAAAAAAAUUUUGCAAGAUAUUUAAAGAAAUUAUGUUAGGACAGUGUGCAGCCACCAAGUGCUCCUCUCUUGAACUGCUCUAAAAUUAGUUCACUUCAGUCAUCCUGUCAACUCAGUGAAGAUGUCUGCGAUGGGUACAGGCAGCUGCAGACCAGGACCAAGGGUGAGUCUGCGAAAGAAAUCAAGUAGCCUCUGGCUUUUGUCAGAUAUCUAAUGUCAUUUCCAAUCCGUCAUUACCAUAGUUAGCAAACAUUAGUUCUGAGGGAUAACUUGGCUUUUUUAUUGUAUUAAUUGAAUGCUGCGUCUCCCUGAGUGUCCAGCUGAGCCCUGUUCAAAAAUCUGCCAGUUCAACUGAGCAUUGCUUGAUGUGACAAAAAUAACAAAUUAUCACCAAACUCUUGUUAAACAGACAAAUUUAAGAUUAGUCUGAACCCCAAGUUCCAGCUGCCAGCUGAGAAAAGUAAAAACUGGAGGCUAUGGAUUUAUAUAUGUACCCGAUGGCCAGUCCACCUAUGACAGACCAGUCUUUUGUGUUUGUGUGGGAGGGAGAGAGAAAGAGAAACAGCAGCGUCAGAGCUGGAAGAAGGUCCAGGUACAAGUGGGGCAGCGCCAUAAUCUGCGCCAUUCUAAGACAGUGACUAAAGGUUGGCUGGCUGAAAGGAAGAACUUGGGCAUCUUAUUCAUUGAGAACAUCUUGGAAGCGGGUGUUUGUGUCCGUGCCCACCUCAGGAUAUACUUGAUGUUUUGCCACAAUGUUAAAGAAAGUGAUAAAAAAUUACUGAAUCUACA